AUGCAAAAAUAUAAAAUUGUCGUCCUCGGCGACAGCAACACCGGAAAGACUGCAAUUACUAUGCAAACUUACGAUCCAACAAUAGAAUCUACGUAUCGUAAACAGGCCGUCGUUGAUGGUUACCCAUGUAUUAUUGAAGUAUUAGAUACAGCUGGGCAAGAUGAAUACAAUACUUUACGAGAUCAAUGGAUUAGAAAUAGUGAGGGUGUCGUUCUUUUAUAUUCAAUUACAUCAAGACCCACGUUUGAAAGAGUACAUAGAUUUUAUGAUCAAGUUUUAAGAGUAAAAGAUGAUGAUGAAACUAUACCUAUGAUUCUUGUUGGAAACAAAUGUGAUAAGCUUAACGAAAGAGAAAUCUCAAAAGAAGAAGGCAUGCUUAUGGCAAAACGACUAAAAUGUGACUUCAUUGAAACUUCUUCAAGGACUAGUAUAAAUGUGAAUCAUGUAUUUUAUAGUGUAAUUAAAAUGAUAAGGCAAUUAAAUGAUGGAGAAAUGACAGCAUACGAAAGAAGGUCUUCAGGAACGGGAAGAAAAAAAAUGUUCUGUUGUCUUAUCACUUAG